AUGGGGGGGGCAGAGGAAUCCGCCAGGGUAUACGUCGGCAACCUGCCGGACACGUGCAGCCCUAAAGACGUCGAAGCCGAAUUCCAGAAGUUCGGAAAACUGACCAGCUGCGAGCUCAAGAAAAACGUCGGGGGCGCGGCGUUCGCGUUUCUCGAGUUCGAGGACCCGCGCGAUGCACGCGACGCCAUUAAGGAGAAGGACGGUGCUGAUUUCCUUGGCAAACGUCUGCGCGUGGAGACCCCCUUCGGCUCUAAGGACGACGGGCGUGGCAACCGCAGGCGUGGCCCCGGCCCUCCACGCCGCGGCCGCUACUUGAUUGAGGUUACUGGGCUCCCUCCCAGCGGCAGUUGGCAAGACCUGAAGGACCACAUGAGGGAGGCCGGCGAGUGCGCCCACGCUGAUGUGUUCCGCGGAGGCGUCGGUGAAGUUUCCUUCUACUCACGAAGCGACAUGGAAUACGCCAUUGACAAGUUCGACGGGUCGACCUUCAAGUCCCACGAGGGUGAGAAGGCGAAGAUUCGCGUCCGCGAGUGGAGGCCCAACUACAGAAGCCGCAGCAGGAGCGGGUCACACCACCGCCGCAGGCGCUCGCACGGAAGGGAACGUGAAAGGAGUCGGCGAAGCCCGUACAGCAGGGGACGGAGCAUCGAUCGCAGUCGUGAGCGCGAACGCGAGCACAGACACCGUUCCAGGUCGGACUCAUACGGACGCCGCCGAUAA